AUGAAAAGGAGAACUAUUAUUUUUUUGCAGCCAUUAAGACCAUUCUUCAACUUGGUUGCAAAUAAAAAGUACAGUAUUUAUGAUUUAUUGUCCAUCUCUCUCGACUGUGCUCCAUUCUCUUCACUUCCUCUACUCAUAUAUGAAGUUUUCAACAUGACAAUGAUCUCAUUUUCUCUUCAAUCUCUAAUUCGUUUUUUUCUUUCCCUUUUUUUACCACCCCCUCCAUGGAACCCACACAUCCACUACCUCGUUUCCCUCCACCACGUAGAACCAUGGGUGAGCAGCAGCAGUGAUACAACUAUGCUGGGGAACCACUCCAACUCGGGUUCCUAUAGGAAUGAAAUCUGUCGGUUUAUCUUCUUCAGCAACCAAGAUUCCAUGUUCUUGACUCAAACGGCCCACGAUCCAGUUUUCGUAGCCUGCUGGUUCGACUAUUCUUCCAUGACCAGGCAUAGGACCAGUUUCUCUCGCUAA